CUUCCUGUUGAAUACUUGAAUAUCUUCAUUUGGGUGUAUAAGUUUAUUGAGAAGACAUUGCGUGAUUGAUUUGCUUCGACUCUAAUUGGGUUUCCUGGAGUGAGAAAAUGUUGCUUAUAGAGGCAUUGAUUUUGGAAUCUAAAGACUCCUGAGUUUGGUUCUGAGCUCGACACUAUCACAGCCCCCUGUUUUCUCAAUCAGAUCUAAGGGAUCAAUUUGGGUCUGUCAGCCAAACUAUCAGAUCAGAAACUUUUAUUUUUAAUCAGGAGUAAUUUGAGAUUGAAAACUUCAUCAUCCUAAGUGGGUGAGCUAUGGUUGGAAGUAGAUUAUCCUCGGCGAUGGCUGAAAGCGAGAUCGCUGCUCUAAAAGUAACACUUCAAACUCAGCAACAACUUAUGCAAAAAGUCUACAAGGAACUUGAAGAGGAGAGAGAAGCCUCAGCUACGGCGGCGAGUGAAGCUCUAUCCAUGAUUUUGCGUCUGCAAGAAGAAAAGGCUGCAGAGAAGAUGGAAGCUAGUCAGUACAAGAGAAUGGUAGAGGAAAAGAUGUAUUAUGCUGAGGAAUGUCUCUCAGUUUUUGAGGAUCUCAUGUAUUCUAAAGAAAUGGAAAUUGCUUCUAUUGUGUUCCAAAUUCAGGCUUACAGAUAUAAAUUACUGAGCCUGGGUUUUACUGAUCCAUCUGUUGGGAAACUGAAAUUCCCGGACAAUCAGUAUCUGUUAAGAAAUGAAGUUCAAAUGGGGAAUCUCGGUCUUCCUGGAGUCAUGAAAAGGUACAACUCUCUGCCUCCAAUUCCACUUAAAGAUGCACAGGGGAAGAAGGGCAAUGUUGGAAUUGAAGGGUCAUCAACUCCACUGCAAGAAUUGAUUUUAGGGAAGAAUGAUGUAGAAAUAAAGGUGAUGUCUGAGGAAUCUGCAGUUGGUGAUUUUGAUUCAUACUGUGAACAAAUCGAGAGAUUGGAUGAUCGAGUUAAAGAAUUAUCAAAUAGAAGAGUUGUAGAAAGAGUAGAUUCCGAUUUGAUUUCAAGAAGUCAUGAUCUUCCCUCGACCAUGGCAGCAUCUUCAACAUUGAUGGGUGUAUCAAGGACUUGUUCUUUGAGUACAGCACUGAGCAGAAACCUGACAUUUGAUCCAAUGGGAGGUGCUACAACAAUUAAAAUGGACUCUGAAAGUACGUCUUCAUGUUCCAAUUUUAAGGCUAGAGAUUCUGAUGAUCAUCUGGGAUUUGAUGCCUAUAGUAUUCCAUGUUUGGAAAGUGAAACAAUCACGAAUUCAAUCCAUUCAACAACUGUGCAUGAUUAUGAAAAUAACAAAUUUUGUGUAUCACAGAAACAAGAACAAAAGAAGUUGAUCUUCAAAGGUGAGACCAGGAUCAGGAAGCAGCAAUCAGUCCCGCCAGAAACAUUUGAAUACUAUUUCAAAGAAAAAGAUGAGUGGAUAAAGAAAGUCUUGCUGUAUCGUCAAAAAAAGUUGACUAAACCAAGAGAUGGGGAUACUGUUGAUCAUCAUUCACCUCUUUCUAAUCCCAAUAUUGAUGUUUCACCAUUUCAAUCUGAGGUUAAGAAGCUUGAGAAAAGACUAGAGCUACUUGAGGAUGACGAAGAGAUUAUAAAGCAAGAAGCUUAUAACAGAGGGGAAGAGCAAUUAAAAUUGUUGAGGGAGAUAAAUGAGCAACUCAAGGUGAUACAAUCUGAGAUUGAUAAUUUUAAACCUAAGAAGUCUCCAUUGCGAGAUGAGUCUCAGCUGUUGUCUUUCAUUGAGACAAUGCUAUGCUGUUCGCUCUAGUCCAGUCAUCAAACCUGUACCGCAACUUAAGGAAAAUUCAGAUCUCCAUACAAUAUUGCUUUCAGGUAUGUGUGCAGCAGUGUUGG